AUAUGGGGUGCGACCCCAGUGAGUCAGUGACUGAGAAAAGAAAGUUCUAGAGACUGCCGAGAAAAACACCUCAUCGUCUUCGUCGAGUUCGCCGACUUGGGUAUCCGACGGUUGGAUCUCCGACUCUGUUUUACGUCGCGACGGGGCAAGGUAACUCAAGAUCUGCACUUCAUCUGACUUGCACAGUCGAGCAAUCUUUUUAUCAGUUUUGAGCAUUUUUUAAUCUUACAUGGAGGAGAGCUCGAAGAUUUCGUUCCAUCAGCCAUUGCCGUCUUUUCUGUCCGUCGUCAUCCGUGACAACAGCGAUCUCGAACGCAUCGUCGUUCGGGGAGUCACGGUACUUGAAUAGGACUGAUUUAUCUAGCCUUUUCUUUUUGUUAUUUAUCGCCGGUUGGGGAAUCAUCGACCAUUGCUUCUCUGUUUUCGAAUUAUGGAGCGCCCGACGACGUUAGUUUCCUUCUUUCGUUCAAAGAAACAGAGGAAGAAAAGAGAUGGUUAGCUGAUUGAAACCUUCUUUCCCUUGAACCAGCAAGGCUUUUAAAGAACUGAAAAACAUAACAUCAUUGUCAUAGAUAGUUUUUUAGGCAUGCCUCUACCAAAACUGAACAUUAAAAGACAGCACAGUCACAAUAUUCAUGCAGGUUCCAGGCCACGAAAUAGCGAGUAUCAAGAUGGCAGAGUCCCCAGGGCUGUUGGAUGUUGAAUCACAUGUAAAGGAAGGUAGGGAAGAGAGCUCUGAAUCCGGAGAUGGUAAUGAAGUUGAAGAUGUUGAACCCAAUGUGGGUACCAAUGAAAUUGAGAAGAACUGUGCUGCAAUGGAAACCACUACAACUGGAGAUACACCCUAUGUAGGUAUGGAGUUUGACUGUGAAGAAGCAACUUAUUACUUUUAUAAUGAAUAUGCUAAGCGUGUAGGCUUUGGUAUUCGUAAGAGAUUUGUUCGUCGUUCAAAAAUAGACAAUGAAGUAAUUGGUAGAACAUAUGUGUGUUCAAGAGAAGGUGAAAAGGUCCAAAGGAAGACAGAUAAUCCAAGACCCACUACAAGGUUAGGUUGCAAAGCAAUGAUGAAGGUGAAGAGAUGUUUUAGUGGAAAAUGGGUUGUAAUAAACUUUUUUGAGCAACAUAAUCAUGAACUCAAUCCAAAAUGUAUCCGUUGCUUCCAGUCACACAGGAAGACAGGUGAAAGAAAGAAUAAUGUUAUUAGAAAUUGGAGGUCUCAAAUACUAAUGCCUAAUAUAGUGGCUACAGUAACCCAACAGGCUGGUGGACUUGAAAAUUUACAAUUUACAGAAAAAGGUUGGAGAAAUUACUUUGAGGGAGAACACAGAGAGUCUUUAUCAGUAGGAGAUGCACAAACUAUUUCUGAUUUUUUUAUGCAUAUGCAAAUUUUAAACCCUGGAUUCUUUUAUGCAAUGGAAUUAGAUGAGGAACAACAUCUGAGAAAUGUUUUUUGGGCUGAUUACAGAUCCAGGGUGGCUUAUGCUCACUUUGGUGAUGUUGUUACUUUUGACACAAUGUAUUUGACAAACAAGUACACAUUGAAACUAGCACCGUUCAUGGGAGUUAAUCACCAUGGGCAGUAUGUGUUACUCGGAUGUGCAUUGGUUACAGAUGAGACGAAGUCAUCUUUUCUUUGGGUGUUGAAAACAUGGCUUACAGCAAUGCAGGGGAAGCCUCCAAAUGCCAUAAUCACCGACCAAGACGAGGCAUUAACAGCAGCAAUAGGUGUGGUAUUUCCAGAAGUACGACAUCGCUUCUGUUUGUGGCAUAUUAUGAGAAAAGUUCCUGAGAAGUUGGAUGCUGUAUGUAAAGAAAAUCCAGGGUUUAUGUAUAAGUUUGAGAAAUGCAUUUAUGAUUCACUGACAGUUGAUGAAUUUGAAAGACGAUGGAAAAAGUUAAUUGAAGCUAAUAAUCUCAAUGAACAUGAAUGGCUUCAAACUUUGUAUGAAGAUCGAAAACAGUGGGUCCCAGUGUACUUGAAGGAUACCUUCUUUGCAGGAAUGUCAGCUUCACAAAGGAAUGAAACUUUGAGCUCUUUUUUUGAUGAUUAUGUUACUCAAAAGACUAGUUUAAAGAAGUUCUUGAAUCAGUAUGGGUUGGUUUUACAGCGAAGGUAUGAUGAAGAAGAGAGAGCGGAUUUUGAUACAUAUCAUAAGACACCGGAUUUGAAAACAGGAUCACCUUAUGAAGAACAAAUGGCAUCUGUGUACACAUUGGAUAUAUUCAAGAAAUUCCAGGAUGAGGUUUUGCAAAUUCCUUCAUGUAAUGUAACACAUAUUCAACAAGAAGGGGAUAAUUCAAACUAUGUGGUUAAAGAAUUGAUAAUGAAGGCCAAUGGGAAGAGGGGUGUAAAAGACUUCACCGUUAUCUGGAAUCAUUCUAAGACCACAGUUUCUUGUAUGUGUCGUUUAUUUGAGUUCAAAGGCUACCUCUGCAGGCAUACAAUGGUGGUUCUCUUUGCGGCUGGUGUGUAUGAAAUCCCAUCUCAUUACAUAGUAACGCGCUGGACAAGAAAUGCAAAGAAAAUGGAUGUAUCUGAUGAAGAUUGGAAUGAAUUACAUGAGCAUGGAAUUAAACUCAGUGCGAAAUGUUUUAGUGACCUGCACCUUGAUUCAAUCAAACUUUGUGAGCUAGGAGCUAUGUCUAAAGAGAAAUACAAAGCUGCAAAAUUGUUCUUAAAGGAAGCAUUGGAAAAGGUAGCAUCUGGGGAUACAUCAUCUACCAGUUCUGGAUAUAAUCUCAACAAAGGGAAUGAAGCAGAUAAAAUGGUGCCGGAAUUGACUGUACAUGAUAUUCAACCCAUAAAUUCCAUAGGGCAACCAUGCAAGAGAGUCAAAGCCGAAGUAGAAAAUAGUGCAGCCAAGCGAAAAUAUACAUGUAGCAAUUGCAGCAAGUCUGGUCACAACAUCAACAAAUGCAAAGAGGCACAAUUUUUAAGACAAAUACUUGAAAAGCACAAUGACGUGCAAGAGAACUUGAAUUAGAUGGUAAUUAUUAUUGCAGGAUCUUAUGAGUUUGAUUGUACAAGAUGUUACGCAUCAGUUGUGGCAAAGAGAAAAGAUCUUACAACUGAUUUGAUAUAUAUCAUUGUAAUUAUGAUUGAAGAAGACAUGGAUUCAAGGGGACAAAGUAUUCCCAAUCAGAGUCCGACAAUAUAGCUGCUGCAUUAGAGCCAAAGGACUGGUAAACAUAUGGAGAGAUCAAGAGAAAUUGCCAGAUGACAUUCCUGUUGCCAGAAUAUAGGAACCGAGAGAUGAGGAGAUUUGGUAGCACUAAAUGCCAUUUAGAAAAAGAUACUAGUGAUAGUGUAGCAUUUAAGUACUUGUGAAAAGAAAUUGAGCUCAUGUCAGGUUGUAUGUGAUGAAUGCAAUUGUUGCCUUGCUGGAGCUUCAUGUGUUUUUUGCUAUUUUUUUUUUUUAGUUUUAUUUGUUGGGUCCUCAUCUAUACCUGUAAGUGAUUAUGUAAAGAUGGAUUUUGAUUCUUCUUGUAUCAUAUUGUCAUGUAUCAUUAUCAUUACGAGCGUGUCUAAUCAAGCAUAUUUUAUCAAACAAGGGUGAAACUGGUAUUCAGUGAUU